AUAGCUAAUAUGGCUCCUUUGUGUUAUAGGUGAAGGAAACUAGAAUCCAGCUGCUUUUAGACCCUGUCUCUGGAGUUUCUCCAUCUGGAACGUCCAUAACUCAGCCAUGGACUUGUAUCUGAAAAACGUUCUUGUUAUUUCAUUUGGAUUCUCAUUUCUCUUUACUGCUUAUGGAGGGCUCCAGAACCUUCAGAGCAGCCUCCACUCUGAAGAAGGCCUGGGAGUUGCCUCCCUGAGUGUGAUCUACACUGCUCUGAUUCUAUCCUCCAUGUUUCUCCCAUCAGUCCUCAUUAAGAAAUUUGGAUGCAAGUGGACCAUUGUAGGCUCCAUGUGCUGCUAUAUUACAUUCUCUUUGGGAAACUUCUAUGCCAGCUGGUUCACACUCAUUCCCACAUCAAUGAUCUUGGGGCUGGGAGCAGCCCCCCUCUGGUCAGCCAAGUGCACUUACCUUACUGUGGCUGGCAAUUUAUAUGCUCAGAAAGCAGGGAAAAUUGGAAAAUACAUAGUUACCCAGUAUUUUGGAAUCUUCUUUUUGAUAUACCGAUCCUCUGGAGUCUGGGGGAAUCUAAUAGCAUCUCUGGUCUUUGGCCAGACUCCUAACAAAGUGAAUCACACAGAAGCAGAUCUGGCAUGCUGUGGUGCAGGCAACUGCAUGAUAAAUACCACAAAUAGCACUGUGAUGUCAAAAGGACCAUCUAACACUUUGAUCUAUACUUUGAUGGGAAUCUACACAGCUAGUGAGAUUCUGGCUGUGUUGCUAGUCGCUAUAUUUCUGGAUCAAAUCUCAACCAACCAAGCAGAGAGUGAAGAAAAGGCAGCAGCAUCAUUUGGAUCCACUUUUCUAGAAACAUUUCAACAGCUUAAAGAUAAACGCCAGUGUCUCCUGAUACCUUUGACUAUGUUCAGUGGACUUGAACAAGGAUUCCUUGCUGGUGACUAUAAUAAGUCCUAUGUGACCUGUGCUCUUGGGAUAAAUUUUGUUGGAUAUGUGAUGAUCUGCUUUUCAGCUACAAACUCACUCGCCUCAGUGCUGUUUGGCAAGCUUUACCAGAUCACUGGUAGAAAGAUUCUGUAUACACUCGGUGCCAUUCUCUGUCUUGCCUGCAUAAUCGCACUAUUGCUCUGGAAACCUCACCCAAACCAACUUGCCCUAUUUUUUAUAAUACCUGCCACCUGGGGUGUAGCAGAUGCUAUCUUGCAAACCCUAACCAAUGCUCUCUAUGGAAUUUUGUUUGAAAAGCACAAAGAGGCUGCGUUUGCAAAUUACCGCCUGUGGGAGUCAUUGGGAUUUGUCAUAGCCUUUGGCUACAGCACCUUCUUAAGUGUCUCCAUCAAACUGUAUAUUCUGUUGACUGUACUGAUUGUGUCGAUGGUCUUAUAUGGAAUAGUUGAAUACCUGGAAUCCAAGAUGUCUUCUGGAACACCCAAGACUGCUAAGCAGGAGCCAGUCACAUCACAGCAAAAUGCUCAGUCAACCCAUUUCUAAUCCAGUAAGCAAAUCUAUGUAAAAAAGGCCAUUCCCCAUUCCUAAAUCAAAGCUUGCUUAUGUAUUUUUACUGGCCAACAGAGAAGGGCCUAUGCAGGGACUGAUUGGUGGCAAUGACAACCAUUGAGAAGGUUCAAGGAACUGCUAUGCUGUUGUGCACAGGAUUUUCUUUCUCUCCUUUUGUGGUAAGACUGUGCCAUACUAUGAACUUUCCUUGUAAAGUCUGAGCCCAACCUACUUCAUAGGGUUGUUGUUAUGGGGAACACAUUGGAGGGUUGAGUCCUGUGUGUGCCACCUGAAUUCCUGGAAGUAAGAUAGAUAAUGAAUAAAUAUAGAAUUGGUUUUAAUUUUUGCUGGCCUU